GUUGCUUUCCUGAUGGUCGUCCCGAAGGUCGUGGUGGACAAGAGUCAGUACAAGUAAAAGACAAGUUAUACUUUAUGGGAGGAUCUCGUCUAGUCCCGUUCUUAAAUCCGAAAAGAUAUAACUUAUCAGAUGAAGUAUUUUAUUUAGACCUUUCAUCACAAUUCGAUACUGAAAAUCCACCAUUUACAGAUCUUACCGAUGGUACUUCACGAAUGUUUUAUGGAAACGAAAAAGGUGCUGCAAUGCUCGGGGGAUCCGAUCAAUCUGAUAUAUACUUGAUCGAUGGAACACAGGUGAAUCUAUCAACAAUAAAUUGGAAUGCUACAGACAAAAUAAAUUGGAAUGUUACGGAUCAAUUUAUUUAUAUUUAUAAAACUGUUCCUAAAACUUGGACAAAAUUUGGGCAAGGAGUUAAAGGAAUUCAACCUUCAAGACGUAGAUCAACUUCAACGGUGAUAAAACCUAAUGGAACAAUAUAUAUAUUCGCUGGAAGAGUUGAACUAGAUAUGGGGGCGAGCACCCUUACAUUAUAUAAUGAUUUGUAUCAAUUUGAUACAAUCUUAUUAUCUUGGAAUCAGAUCAUGGCACCAAAUGCACCUUCACCCCGAAGCCACAGCACCGCAACAUUGCUUCCAAAUGGAAAAAUUAUUUAUAUUGGAGGAGUCUCUCAGGACACUCCUGGAAGUCAAACUACUUUAAUCAUCAUGACUGAGAUCCAAAUCUUUGAUACAAAUUCUUUAUCCUGGUCAAGUCAUACAGCAAGCGCUUCAUUUUCAGUACAACCUCGAGUUGGUCAUACAUCAGUAUUAACACCAGACAAUAGCUCAAUUAUAAUAAUGGGCGGGACUUCGAGUUAUCAAUUAACUCAAACGACCGUUCACCCAAAUUUACUGAAAUUAGAUAUUCGAUCUGAACCUUUUCAAUAUUCUAUAUUAAAUACUUCUGCAACAAAUCAACCACCUCCACUAUCAUUUCACAGAAACAUAACUAAUUAUGCGGCUGAUUCGAAUGUAACAAGUUCAAAAAUCUAUUUAUUAUAUAUUCCAUGCUUAACUUGGGAAUCUACUUUUAUUCCCGGUAGAUCCGACUGUAAAAGUAAUUAUGGUAAUCUUAUUAUCGGUUGCUCUAUCGCUGCUGCUUUCUUAUUUUGCCUAAUGGUUGUUGGUGCAAUAAUAUUGUAUAAGAAAGGAAAAUUAAACUGCUGUAGCCGUAGAAAGGUUAAUAAAUUAACAAACACAGAGGAAUAUCAGGAACCACCCACCUAA